GCGAGCGGCGCGGCCCGGCCGCGGCACCGGGAAAGGGAACGAACAGCACCGGGACCGGCACCGGGGAGCGCGGAGAUGGCGGUCGAUAAGGACCUGCUGGAGCUGGACCUCUACGGGCUGCUGGGAGUCGGCGAGAAGGCGUCGGAGAAGGAGGUGAAGACAGCGUUCCGGCAGAAGGCCCUGACGUGCCACCCGGACAAGAACCCGGACAACCCCCGGGCAGCGGAACUCUUCCACCAGCUGUCCCAGGCCUUGGCCGUGCUCACAGAUGCAGCAGCCAGGGCAGCAUAUGACAAGGUGAGGAGGGCGAAGAAACAGGCUGCAGAAAGGACACAGAAGCUCGAUGAGAAGAGGAAGAAAGUAAAGCUUGAUCUUGAAGCCAGAGAACGAGAAGCCCAGUCCCAGGAGAACGAAGAGGAGGAGAUCAGGAUAACGAGAUCAUUAGAAGAAGAAAUAAUCCGCCUGCGGGAGGAGGGCUCCCGGCAGCUGGAGGAGCAGCAGAGGCUCAUCAGGGAACAGAUCCGGCUGGAAAGGGAGCAGCACAGCCAAGGCAAGCAGGAAAGAAAUGGAGCAGAAGGCAAAGUAACUCCUAAACUCAAGCUCAGAUGGAAAUGCAGGAAAGAAGAUGAGACGGGAGGGGGAUACUCCAAAGAUGUGCUGCUGCAGAUCCUGCAAAAGUAUGGGGAUGUGCUCAAUUUGGUGAUCUCCAGCAGGAAGACUGGGAGUGCAGUGGUGGAAUUUGCUACGGUGAAGGCAGCGGAGAUGGCUGUGAAGAAUGAAGUUGGCCUGAUAAACAAUCCUCUGAAGAUUUCCUGGCUGGAGGGGCAGCCCCGGAGCCACCCCAGCACUGUCCUCUCUGACAGCACCAGCCAGCCCAGGACCUCACAGGCUUCCGUGGUGUCGGAGCGGGACUACGAGAGCCUGGUGAUGAUGAGGAUGCGCCAGGCAGCCGAGAGGCAGCAGCUCAUCGAGCAGCUCCAGCGGGAAGACGAGGAAGAGUCUCACACUUAGCAUGACAGUACGGAUUCUCCCCACCCCUGCACCCCCCGCCCUGAGCUCUUUCUUAAUUUAAGUCAAUAAACCUCCUUUUUUAAA